CCCUGCAGACUUUGAAAGUGAGAGCACUUCCUCAUAGACGUUGGAUGUGGGAGGACUGCAUUCAGUCUGGUUCCUGGUUGCCGGCUGAAAUAACCUGCUCUCCAAAAUGUCCACCAAGGUGACUUAAGUCAGGUUCCCCCAAACCAGAAACCAAGACAAGAAUCCAUGUAUGAGAAACUGAAGAAAGUGCUGGGAGAGCCCCAGCUGCAGCCUGGAUGUGAACUGCAACUCUGAAGUGCGUCCAGACGCAAGGCAAGGGCACUAGGCUUUUCAGACCUCCUACUAAGUCAUUGAUCCAGCACUGCCCUGGCAGGACAUAAAUCCCUGGCACUUCUAGCUCUCUGCAAAGGAGGGCAAAGCAGCUUCAGGAGCCCUUGGGAGUGCUCCAAAGGGAGUCUAGGGUACAGGUCCUAAAGUAGAAGAACACAGAAGGCUGGCCAGGGGCACUGCGAGAUGGUAAAAGAGAUCUGAAGGGAUCUAGAAUUCAAGCCAGGAAGAAGCAGCAUUCUGUCUUCUGGAUUAAAACUGAAGCUCAACCUACUUUCAGCUUACUAAGAAAGGGGAUCAUGGACAUUGAAGCAUAUCUUGAAAGAAUUGGCUAUAAGAAGUCCAGGAACAGAUUGGACUUGGAAACAUUAACUGACAUUCUUCAGCACCAGAUCCGAGCUGUUCCCUUUGAGAACCUUAACAUCCAUUGUGGGGAAGCUAUGGACUUAGGCUUAGAGGCCAUUUUUGAUCAAGUCGUGAGAAGAAAUCGAGGUGGGUGGUGUCUCCAGGUCAAUCAUCUUCUGUACUGGGCUCUGACCACUAUGGGUUUUGAGACCACGAUGUUGGGAGGGUAUGUUUACAGCACUCCAGCCAAAAAGUACAGCACUGGCAUGAUUCACCUUCUCCUGCAGGUGACCAUUGAUGGCAGGAAGUACAUUGUCGAUGCUGGGUUUGGACGCUCAUACCAGAUGUGGCAGCCUUUGGAGUUAAUUUCUGGGAAGGAUCAACCUCAGGUGCCUUGCAUCUUCCGCUUGACGGAAGAGAAUGGAUUCUGGUAUCUAGACCAAAUCAGAAGAGACCAGUACAUUCCAAAUGAAGAAUUUCUUAAUUCUGAUCUCCUAGAAGACAGCAAAUACCGAAAAAUCUACUCCUUUACUCUCGAGCCUCGAACAAUCGAAGAUUUUGAGUCUAUGAAUACAUACCUGCAGACUUCUCCAGCAUCUGUGUUUACUAGCAAAUCAUUUUGUUCUUUGCAGACCCCAGAUGGGGUUCACUGUUUAGUGGGCUGCACCCUCACCUAUAGGAGAUUCAAUUACAAGGACAAUACAGAUCUGAUAGAGUUCAAGACUCUGAAUGAGGAACAAAUAGAAAAAGUGCUGAAAAAUAUAUUUAAUAUUUCCUUGGAGAGAAAGCUUGUGCCCAAACAUGGUGAUAGAUUUUUUACUAUUUAGAAUAAGGAGUAGGCUGGGCACAGUGGCUCACGCCUGUAAUCCCAGCACUUUGGGGGGCCGAGGUGGGCGGAUCACGAGGUCAAGAGAUCGAGACCAUCCUGGCUAACAUGGUGAAACCCCGUCUCUACUA